ACAGAUGGCUCCAGGCCAAGUGCCCCAUCAGCCUGGCCCCUGGAGGGAUACCCACCACUUCUAUCUCCUGUCCCCGCUGGUGGGCCUUCUCAGCUGGGCCUGGAGCCACCUGAGAGGCCCAGGAUCUCCAGAGCCCUGGUUGGUGGAAGCAGUAACCGGAACAGAUCAGGGAGAAGCUGUCCCGGAGGGAGAAGCUAAGGCUUCUCUGGCCACUCACCAUGCCCCCAAGGGCAGGCACCCUCAAGAGGAGACUGGAGACAGUGGAGCCGCUGAGGAGGAUGGAGAAGCAUCCUGGGGGCCUGCCCUGACCUGGAAACCAAGUGAUCUCUUCUUGAAGGGACUUUUAGAUGAUGGUGACGAAGAGUAUGUCAGGGAAGAAGCAACCAGUGUCCCUAGAGAGCAGGGCAGUGAAUUUAUGGAUGGCCAGCCUGCUCCCCCGUCCCCCAGCCUUCUGAUAACAUCCCUGCAAGACCUUCCUGGGGAGGAGGAAUCUAAGGAAGAAGGGGUUCCCGAAGAUAAAGAAGUGAUCACGUUCUCUUUUCCUCCAUCACACUGGGAGUGUUGUCCAGCGGUGGAGAAAGAGGAGGAAGAGGAGGAAGAGGAGGAAGAGGAGGAGGAGGAGGAGGAAGAAGAAGCUGUAAAUAAAGGAGCUCCUAGAACAUCUACCUCUCCCUUAGCUCUGGGAUCCAAGUGCAGAGCUUGGGUGUGCUGCCCCGUGGAUGGAGCCACAGAGGAAGAAAGAACAGAGAAUAAAGCAGCCACGAAGACCUCCAUUUGCCCCUCAUCUGCAGGCUCCCACCUCAGGGCCUGGGAGUGUUGUUCAGGAGAGGAGCCUGAGGAGGAGAAGGCCAAAAAAGCUGAGAAAGGAGAAGCUGACCCAGAGCCACACUCCUCAAUUCCAGCCCAGAGGCCCCCGCUCCGGACCUGGCAGCAUCAAUCCAGUGAGAUCACAGAGGAAGAAGAGGAGGAGGAGGACAGUGAUUCAGGAGAAGCUGAGGCUUUCUCUUCCGUCCCACCCACAAGUGUCUUCCUGAGGGCCUGGGUGUACCGACCAGGAGAGGACACAGAGGAGGAAACAGAGUGUGAGGGUGAGAAUAAGGAUGAAGAUGAUGAAUCAGAAGCAGCUGACUUGGAACCAAGUCCCUCCCUUCAGGCCCAGAGUGCCCUCUUCAGGGACCGGAUAUAUCAGCCUGGAGAGGAAACAGAGGGAGGGGAAGCUGCCACAGAGUGGGGAGAAGCUGAGCCCUGCCCCUUCCGAGUGGCCAUCUAUUUACCUGGAGAGAAGGCCCCACCUCCUUGGGCUCCUCCUCUGCUGCCCCUCCGUCUGCAAACGCGCCUCAAGUCUGCAGAAACCCCCACCAGGCAUCGGGACCCUGAGCCUCCCCUAAACACCAGAAAGGUGCGCUUCUCUGAGAAGGUGUCCGUCCAUCUCCUGGCUGUCUGGGCGGGACCCGCCCAGGCCGCCCGCAGAGGCCCCUGGGAGCAGUUCGCCCGGGAUCGCAGCCGCUUUGCCCGACGCAUCGCCCAAGCCCAAGAGGAGCUGGGUCCCUACCUCACCCCUGCCGCCCGGGCCAGGGCCUGGGCACGCCUCGGGAACCCUCCCACUUCUCUGGCCACCAUACCUGCCCCUACCCCGACCUUAUCCAUCCCCAUGCAGACCACGCCUUUGAGCCACAUUCUGGCCUCUCCAUCUCCUCCCUGUAUGUCUCCUUGCCUGGACCUCAGUGGGAGGCGUGGCUAAGAUGAAGUAGUUUUC